AUGCGGUACAUUUACUCCGAGGAACGGCUGCCUAUCCCCGAGAAUGUGAAGGUUCACAUUCGCUCGCGCAUUGUGACCGUUGAGGGACCCCGAGGCAAGCUCGUCAAGGACCUCUCCCACAUUGCCGUCACCUUCGGCCGCCCCGAGAAGAAUGUCAUCUCCAUUGAGAUGCACCACGGUGUCCGCAAGGGAAUGGCCUCCCUUCGUACCGUCCGCACCCUCAUCAACAACCUGAUCAUCGGUGUCACCAAGGGCUUCAAGUACAAGAUGCGCUACGUCUACGCUCACUUUCCCAUCAACGUCAACAUCGAGAAGAACCCCGAGACCGGCCUGCACGACGUUGAGAUCAGAAACUUCUUGGGUGAGAAGUACGUCCGCCGUGUGACCGCCCAGCCUGGCGUUGAGGUCAUCACCUCCCCCAACGUUAAGGAUGAGCUCCAGAUCUCCGGUAACUCCCUGGAGGGUGUCUCCCAGAGUGCUGCCGACAUCCAGCAGAUCUGCCGUGUCCGCAACAAGGAUAUCCGUAAGUUCCUUGACGGUCUGUACGUGUCGGAGCGGGGUAACAUUGUCGAGGAGUAA